CACUUAUACUGUUGAAGAGACAUUAUCCAUCACUCAUCAUGAACGCUUUGUUGGUAACGGUGUUGGCUCUCGUGGCAGCGACAGCUGCAGUCCCAUCAGGAAUUCUCGGUCUUGGACAUGGUGCUGUUCUAGCUGGAGCUGUCGGUCACGGAGCUGUGGUAGCUGGACCGGUGGCUCACGGAGCAGUUGUUGCGGGGCCGGCGGUCCCUGGAGCUGUGGUCGCUGGACCGGUUGCUCAUGGAGCCGUCGUAGCUGGACCCGUUGCUCAUGGUGCUGUUGUUGCCGGACCAGUCGCUCAUGGUGCUGUUGUCGCUGGACCUGUAGCUGGUGUUGGUCUUGGACUUGGCCUCGGUGUUGGUCUCGGUCAUGGUGUUACCGUUGCUGGACCUGGAACUGUGCCAGCCACUAUUGCUGGACCAUCCGGUACUAUCCAUGCUGCUGGUCUCUGGGGACCCACUCAUGCCGGUCUUCACGGAGCAGUUAUCGGCCAUGGCCAUCAUUGGUAAAUCAUAUAGCACUGGAAAGAAUAAAAAACCUCUUAGUGACAUAGGACUUAAUAUAAAAUUUUGAUUGAAUUUUUGUGAUAAUAUGUCACUGAUUGUGUUGAACUGGAACUGAGAAAAUUGGACAACAACCACUGCCCGUUAAAAUGACUAUGAAACUAAAUUUAGAUUUAAUUAUUUAUUUGACAGCAAAUAAGGUGUUCAAUAAAAGAUUUAUUGAGUAAUUAA